UUGCUUUCAGAUAUUCACGAAGCCACCGCGUCAAUUGCGCACCAAAGAUUUCCGAGGUGUCCCUGAAGGCAUCCGCGAACUCAAACUGUUCAAUCAACCUUUGCUUUCACUACGCUCACUCGCUGGACACUUCAGCACCUGACCCAAACUUUCCUGGAUCCUAGCUCGAUAAAAUGUCGGACCUGCCACGACAUGCCGGGACCUAGCUCACAUUUGGCCUCGUAAACUGCGACCGUGAGCCAUUCCUGCUCCCAAGGAAAUUCCCAGGUCACCUCAGGCGCUUUGUGCAGCUGCAUAAGCUUCUGUUUCCACACUGACAAAUGUAAAGGGAGACUUUGGCGCCUUCCGAUCGGACUUGGAUCCUUCUGAUCAUCUGUCCUCUGAAACAAGCGUGGCGACACGUCGGCGAUGGCCACCGAAGAGAACCAGAUGGUCUCGAACCCGCCGCACGCUACACCUCCGUCGUGCAGAGAAAGCAGACGCUCAAACGGAAAGGAAAGCCGUCAGCGCCCGGAGCAGUCGUGGCUUCCAAAGCAGCGGAGUAGCCCCGCUCUACUUUAUUACAGGAAGUUGUCCGCCGACCAUGACGACGAGGCCAUUUUGGACUCUCUUGAGCUCAAGCUGUACCCAGAGCAACCGGUUGGCAAAAGUAUAGAAGCAAUCACCUCAAAGCUAAGCGCAGGUCCUUGCUCCUGCAGCCGGGACUCCACGGCUUGCCACCAGCGUCCCCCGACCUGCUCGAGCGACAGCCCCUUGCUCGCUCGCGUCUAUUGGCAGCAUACCCGCCGCUCCAGCCUUCCCGUAGCAACACUUGAUCUCCACACGACAUCACCACGCUGCUCCUCUCUACGCAGCCCCUCCAGUGAACCCAAUUCCUCGGUGGCGUCCCCCUGCGGCUCCCCCUUGCCCGCUGACCGGCAGCUGCGACGCAACGGGCACGUUCACCAUCGCCCGCUCAAAGGCGGCUUCUCUAGCUUGGAGCGGCUCAACAGGAAGACUCGCUCCCUGGAGAGAUUUUUCCAAUCCACCAGCAACGAGAGGCUGUCCUCGCAAGGGACGAGGGGAAGUAGCUGCGGCGGGGGCAGCAGCAGCGAUGAAGAAGAACUACUGGAUGACUCAGAGUUUGUCAGGAACCGUAGGGAACGUUCCACGGUCCUGGUGAGACGAUUCUUCAAGAAUAAUCAGAAGAUGACCAAGUCGGUGUGCACCGGAACCAGAGCCAUCGUGCGGACCCUGCCAUCGGGCCGCAUCUCGGAGGAGGUCCUCUGGCGCCUGCCGCCGCGACCCAGCAAGAAAGAUUUGCUGCCGGCCCCGGGGCAAAGUGCGGCGGCAGAAGACAUCAAAGUCUGCCAACGAGUGUUGAACUUCGUCUGGGCCAAGAUGCACAAGGUAGCACACACUGUUCAAGAUGCUGCUGCACUUAACCUGACUCACCCUGCCAAGAAGCUCCUGCUGCCGCCCGCGACUGAAUGCAUCAGCUUCAUCAUUUCUUUCUGGCCGCUGCCCCCUGUCAGCGGGCGUCCACCCGGACCGGCUCUGAUCACCCGUCCUGAUCCCAGCCGGGGAUCUUCUUACCCACCCAGGUUUUAUCUGGCGUGCACUCAGAGGACAUCUGUUUGCUCCCUGCUGAGCGGAGCCCUUUUGGAAGCCACAGCCGCGCUCGGCGCCCGCUCGGCCUUGCCCUGCCCGCUCGGCCAGUCCCCCAACAGCAGCCACGGCGUGCUGAAAGAGCGUCAGCUGGCCAACAGCAUGACCAGCAGCGGCGGCGGCGGCGGCGGGAACGGCAGCAGCGGCACACUUCCCGCCAACGUGAGCGGCAUCAGCAAGGAGCUGGCCGACCUCCAGCACCUGGUGCAGUUCCCCGAGGAGGUCGCCUGCAUCCUCACUGAGCAGGAGCAGCAGCUCUACCAGCGGGUGUUCCCCUUGGACUACCUGCGCUUUCUGACGCGAGAACUCAGCAGCCCCGAGAGUCAAAGCAGGCGGCACCCCAACCUCAAGGCCUCGCUGUCGGCCCCCAACAUGCCCACCCAGACGGCGCAGCGCAGUAACGCUGUGGAGGACCUGGUGGCGCGCUUCAAUGAGGUGAGUUCCUGGGUCACCUGGCUGGUUCUGACUGCCAGCUCCAUGGAGGAAAAGCGGGACGUGUUCUCCUACCUGGUCCACGUGGCCAAGUGCUGCUGGAACAUGGGCAACUACAACGGCGUGAUGGAAUUUCUGGCUGGACUCAGAUCCCGCAAGGUGCUGAAGAUGUGGCAGUUCAUGGACCAGUCGGACAUUGAGACCAUGAGAAGCCUGAAGGACGCCAUGGCGCAGCACGAGACCUCCUCGGAGUAUAAGAAGGUGGUCACCAGAGCGCUCAAUAUCCCAGGAUGCAAAGUGGUCCCGUUCUGCGGGGUGUUCCUGAAGGAGCUCAGCGACGCAUUAGACGGAACAGCGAGCAUCAUCCAUCUUCAAACGCCCGAGGACAACACGCCCGAGGACUCCAUCGAGUUUGUCUCCGACUACAGCGGCCAGCACAAGUUCCUUUCCCGCAUGGGCGCGGACGGACUUCACGUGCCAGAGAAAGAAGCCACCGUCAGCAACAUCCUGCAGAUCAUUAGGUCAUGCAAUCGCAGUUUGGAGGCGGAGGAUCCCGACGAGGCCUGCACCAGUCCUCCUUCUUCUGGCCCAGCUUCCAGAAACAACUCCGUCAGGGAGCGCUGCCGCUAUCAUUCCCAAUCAUUUAGGAGGCCAAAAGUUGUCUCGUUUACCGUGGGCGACCUGUCGGAUUCAGAAGGCGACCUGUCGUCGGAGCCCUCGGCCAACGAGAUGGAAUUCCAGGGCACGGAGAAGACAAACAGAGCGUUUGGUCAUGGCACUGAGCUCAUUCCUUGGUACGUGUUGUCCCUGCAACCAGAUGUCCAUCAGUUCCUGCUGCAGGGCGCCACCGUCAUCCACUACGACCAGGACAGCCACCUGACGGCCCGCUGCUUGCUCAGACUCCAGCCUGACAACACCACGCUCACUUGGGGGAAGCCUCCGAAUGGAGGAGUCUCUCCCACGGAGCAACCACCGGGACUGGGACAGAGUGUGGCGGCAGGGCUGGCAGAAGGUCUGCUGGACCUCGUGGUGGUGAAGGCUGUCUUCCUGGGGCACCAGGGAGUGGAUGUCCACACGGUUUGUUUGCAGAACAAACUGAGCCAGAUGAGUGUGGAGGAGAACACCCUCAGCCUCCUCUACGGCCUCAGUACUACCGACAACAGACUGCUGCACUUUGUGGCCCCCGACCACACGGCCCAAAUGCUUUACAAGGGUCUGUCAGAAUUGGUGAACGCAAGCAGGAAGCUGAAGAAGUUUCCGGACCAGCGCCUGCAGUGGCUCAGACGGCAGUAUGUCAGUCUGUAUCAGGAGGAAGGUCGACAUGAAGGUCCGACGCUGGCCCAAGCCAUCGAGCUUUUUGGUGGACGCAGGUGGAACAUGGCCGCCAGCGGAGGGGAGAAGUCGGGAGCUCCCAAAAGCUCUCCUCUGGGAAUCAACGAGAAGGCCAAGAAGAAGAAGAAAGCCCUCGUUCGGGGAGACAGCGGGGAUGCCACCGACGACGAGAUGGUUUCCAGGAAAACGCGCAGCUGUAAAGAGGGAUUAUAUCGGAAUGGAACAGAGUUGGACGGCUUAGACCAAGAAGAUCCAGACGACUUCCCCGGACCCUUCUCCCUCACCUCCAAAGGAAGUCCUGGAUCGCUUGCCUCUUCCUCCUCCUCUUCCUCCUCCUCCAGUAUGAGCAGCUCCAACCAGUCCCGGCCGCAAUCCUCUCCGGUCCUCUCGGGGCCCGCCAAGGCGCAGCCGGGGGCGUGGAGCAGCAGGUCUUGGCACGGUCGGGCCAAAGGCUGCUUCAAAGGCUUCCAGAACCUCAUGAUCUCCGACAGUACCAUGAGCUUCGUGGAGUUUGUGGAACUCUUCAAGUCUUUCAGUAUCCGGAGCAGAAAGGACCUGAAGGAGCUUUUCGACACAUUCGCCGUGCCUUGCGGUCGUUCCGAGUCGGCUCCUCUCUACACCAGCCUGAAGAUAGACGACAGGGUGGUGGGCCUACAACCGGAGCUGGACCUUCUGACUCGGAACGGCUCCAACCUCAACCUGUUCAUCCGGACCAGGCAGCAACUGUCCGACAACCAGAAGCAGAUCUCGGACGCUAUCGCCGCCGCCAGCAUCGUGACCAACGGGACGGGCGUGGAGAACGUGUCGCUGGGCGUCUUGGGCUUAGGCAUCCCUCAGCUCAACGACUUCCUGGUCAACUGUCAGAGGGAGCAUCUGAGCUACGACGAGAUCCUCAGCAUUAUACAGACAUUUGAGCCGUCGUCAAACAUGAGGCUGAUGGGCUGGAUGUCAUUCGAAGGCUUCGCCAGGUACCUCAUGGACAAGGAGAACUUUGCCUGCCGUAACGACGAAUCCCAGAUGAAGCCCGAGGAGCUGCAGUACCCUCUGUCCUACUACUACAUCGAGUCUUCUCACAACACCUACCUGACCGGACACCAGCUCAAAGGAGAGUCCUCCGUUGAGCUUUACAGUCAGGUGCUGCUUCAAGGCUGCAGGAGCGUGGAACUGGACUGUUGGGACGGCGAUGACGGCAUGCCGGUCAUCUAUCACGGACACACGCUCACCACCAAAAUACCUUUUAAGGAUGUGGUGGAAGCAAUCAACCGCUCGGCAUUCGUCAACUCGGACAUGCCGGUCGUCCUGUCCAUAGAGAACCACUGCUCUCUUCCGCAGCAACGCAAGAUGGCCGACAUCUUUAAGACGGUGUUCGGGGAGCGUCUGGUGACGCGCUUCCUCUUCGAGGGCGACUUUGGCGACGACCCUCACCUGCCGUCGCCGCUGCAGCUUCGCGGGAGGGUCGUGCUGAAAAACAAGAAGCUCAAAGCCCACCAGGCACCUGUGGACAUUUUGAAGCAGAAGGCUCACCAGCUGGCCAACUUGCAGGCCCAAGCCAGCAACGGAUCACCGGGGGGGAGCGCCUCGCCCGGAAGCCACACCAACGAGGAAGAAGAGGAGGAUGAAGACGACUACGACUACGAUUACGAGUCCUUAUCGGACGCCGAUGUCCUCAAUGCUUCUACCGCCUCCUACGGGCUGGAAGAUAACCUCCUGGAGGAAAAAUGCGAAGGCAAGAGCUCGGUAGACAAGGAGGAGCAGCAACCUGCGGACGAAGCGCCCAAGCGUGUGAAGAAGGCCGACAGCGGCACUCAGAGUAAAGGAAAGGUGUUUGACAUGGAGCUGGGCGAGGAGUUCUACCUGCCUCAGAACAAGAAGGAGAGUCGGCAAAUCGCUCAGGAGCUGUCUGACCUUGUCAUCUACUGCCAGGCUGUCAAAUUCCCAGGCUUGUCCACGCUGUCUCCGUCCGGCUCAGGCAGGGGGAAAGACCGCGGCAAAAGCAGGAAGUCCAUAUUUGGCACGGCUCCGGCUCGCUGCGGCCCAACUGGGGAGGUCUCGGCGCAGAGCCGCGCAACCGGGAAAAACGGCGCCGAACGUCUGAGCUGGGACGAGCAGCAGCAGACGCCACCGGCCCUCAACACGCAGACGUCGCUGAGCGCCAUCAUCCGUACGCCCAAGUGCUACCACAUCUCCUCGGUCAACGAGAACGCCGCCAAGCGCCUGUGCCGGCGCUAUUCGCAGAAGCUCAUCCAGCACACGGCGUGCCAGCUUCUCCGGACCUACCCGGCCGCCACCCGCAUCGACUCGGCCAACCCCAACCCGCUCCUCUUCUGGUUACACGGCAUCCAGCUGGUGGCGCUCAACUACCAAACGGACGAUCUGCCCAUGCAUUUGAACACGGCGCUGUUCGAGGCCAACGGCGGCUGCGGUUACGUCCUGAAGCCGGCCGUGCUUUGGGACCGAAGCUCUCCUCUCUCCCAGCAGUUCUGUCCCAUGGAGAGAGACGUGGAGAGGAGCAACCCGGCCGUCUAUUCCCUCACUAUCGUAUCCGGUCAGAACGUGUGUCCGGCCAAUGGCUCCGGCAGCCCCUGCGUGGAGGUGGACGUCCUGGGCGCGCCGGUGGACAGUUGCCACUUUCGCACCAAGCCCAUCCACCGCAACACGCUCAACCCCAUGUGGAGCGAGCGCUUCCACUUCAGCGUGCACUUUGAGGAGCUGUGCUUCCUGCGCUUGGCCGUGGUGGAGAACAACAGCUCGCAGACCACCGCGCAGAGGACCCUCCCCCUCAAGGCUCUCAAAGCAGGUUACCGACACGUGCAGCUGAGAACGCAACAUAACGAGCCUAUGGAAGUGUCCAGUUUGUUCAUCUACAGUAAAAGAGUUGAAGAAGGUCCAACGUGUCCUUCGUCCCAGGGGAGACCGUCGAGUGAGCUGCUCAACCCCGAGGAGAAGAAUGCGCCGCCACAGCACAGAGUAACAGUACACGGAGAUCCUGGACCAGAACCUUUCACAGUGUUCUCCAUCACGGAGCACACGACUAGCAAACAACUAUUAGACACGAUCGUGACCACUGUGGGGAGCCCGGCCGACUACUUCCUAAGUGAGGAAAAGCUUCCCCUGUCCAAAGAGCGCGGCGAGACCAAACGCUGCUCUCAGCGCCGCCCUCUCGCGCCUGACGAGACGCUGGUGCAGGUGGUCUCCGGCUGGGACGUCGAGGAUGGCUUUGUGGGGAGAAUCUGUCUCCAGACCAGAGAGGAGAAUCUAAACGAGAAGACGGCGGUAGCAGAGGGCGAGGAGGAGGUUGUCAUCGCUGGUGGCGGCGGAGGAGGACGAGGAGGAGAAGUCGGCGUAGAGGAGGACGUGUUCUUUGUCCAGGUGCACGAGGUGUCCCCGGAGCAGCCUCAUACCGUCAUCAAGGCUCCGCGCUACAGCUCCGCUCAGGACAUCAUACAGCAGACUCUGUCAAAGGCCAAAUACUCGUGCAGCAUCCUUUCCAACCCCAACCCCAGCGACUACGUCCUCAUGGAGGAGGUGACCAAAGACACCGGCUCCAAGAAGUCGUGCGCCGCCAAGCCUGUCCAGCGCGUGCUUCUGGAUCAGGAGUGCGUCUAUCACGCCCAGAGUCACUGGAGGGGUGCCGGAAAGUUCAUUCUCAAGCUGAAAGAGCAGGUGGCACGCGAGGACAAGAAGAAGGUGAUGUCGUUCGCCAGCGAGCUGAAGAAGUUGACGAGCCGCAAUCGCGGCCUGGCGACGGGCGCCAUCGUGGUGGACGGCGCCGUCCACAGGUACACAAGCUCGAGACUGAAGGCAUGGAUGGCAGAGAGUACAGCGGGGGCGGGAUGUCACCCGCAGGCCUCGUCUCCCACGCCCACAAGAUGGCAGCAAAGACCCAACGUCUUUGCCGCCAACUCCUUCAGCCUGGCGGCGUGGAAGCUUCACAUCCUUCAGAACUGGAAGGUCCACAAAUGAUGGAGAUCGUCAUGACAUCUUUGUGGCCCAUUUUCUUGCUUGCUUGAAGGAGCGCGCAACAGAGCUCACACGUCAGCGGCGGCGGCGGCGGCUUCGUGGCCAGGACGUUCGCAGAUGAAUCGGGGCGAUGGCGGGCGUGCUCGUGUGAAGAAACAGAAAGGUUUAGAGACAAGAGAGACGAGCUGGCUUGUUUACUUUCUGUCUUACUGUGUCUGCGUACUGUACUGUAAGAGGACAUUUUGCGUAGUAACGUCGGGAAAAAAAAUGCACAUUUAAAGAUGAAGCAGGGCACGAAACACAGAUGUCAGCUUGUGAGGUGGUCAGUCACUCCUUUAAAUGAAUCACUUUUUUCAGUUACUGACCAGCAUUGUCAAAAUGUCGCACUACUUCUUUAUUUAUGUGUUUGCUAAUUUUGUGCUCAUGUGAUCUCUUUAAAAACAUUAUAAUAAGGAAGAUUUAAAAAUAGAUACAAAGUAAUAAGUCAGGUCAGAUUUAGGGCUAGUUGGGCCAAUGCGGCACCGAGGUCUUUAAACAGCAUUUUGCACAUUUUCUUUUUUUUUUUUUUUUUUGUGUACAUUUUCAAAGUUGGUUUCAAGAGGCUUGAAUCUGAUUGGACGGUCAAAACAAAAAAGAUCAUCCUAUUGAUUUCUUUAGAUUUUAGCCGAGUUGAAAAGAAAACCCAAAUUUUCUAUUUUUUUUUUAUUUUUUUUUUUUUAAAGAGGUUUUUCUUCUUCAGUUUGAACUCAUUCUGAUGACAGUAUGUUCAUUAUAAUGUUUGACUUUUAAACCUAUUUGGGGCCGUUUUACCCUUUUGGAUGUACAGGGUUUUCACAUUUUACAAUGCUUUUCUUUCCAUGUUCUUUUUAGUAGACAAAAGAAAACUACACUACAAUAUAAUAACACUAAAUAACUUCAUUGAAGACAUACAAUGUCAUCUCUGUCAAUAUCUUGUUGCGGGGAGUUGGCAUUAAUUCACAUUCCAAUUUCUAAAAGGAACACAAUUUUUAUCGAUUGAAGGUAAUAGUGAUCAUUUUGUCUUUACAGAUGUUAAGACUAGACAAAAGAACUACCAGUCUUUAAUAAUGUGAAUUAAUGAAAUAUCUCUUGCUGUAUUUGUAGCUGUCCCAGUCCAAAGAUUGAAUAGCAGUGGUAGCUAAUCUUGUUAAGUAGAACUUCAUUUUCAAGGGCUCACAUAAUUUUUAGCAAAUAUUAAUUUAACAGGAAGGGAUUUAGUCCCAUGGUUGUCACAGUUUCUUCUUUUUCAAAACUUUGUUCCCCCCAGGAUUUAUUAUUAUGUUUCUUAAUUUUUGAGACAGAUGUUAUUUAUUUGACUUUUAAAGCCCUGGUUGGCAUUCAAUUGUUAUUUGGUGGAUGUGUUGUUGUUUUUAAUUUAUUUUAAUGCUCUGAAAAAGGAGAUUGUGUUUAUUAUGAUUGUGAUGAAUUAUUAAUGAAUGUGAAAAGUAUCCAGUCAACCAUUCAUCCUUUUAAUAGUUCUGGCAUUUCGACAAAUUCCUCUUUUCAAACAGGUCAACUAGCUGGAGAAAGGUAACACUAUUUUUUCUUAAUAUACAUUUUAGCAGUUUAUUCACUAUAUACACAUCCACUGACAAUUUUUUGACUUUGUAAAUGAUCGUUCCCAUAAAGUUGUAAGUUAACAUUCACCAUGAUGACAGCAAAGUUUGUCUUGUUACUUGAAUUUUAAUUGGAUGAAUAUUUGUGGAUUUGUUGCAUAGUAGAAUACAAUUUAAAAAAUAUAUACACCAUG